UUAGAUAAUUGUAUUACUCAGUAUUUCACUUAAGUUAAAUCAUUCUCGUAUUUAAUUAUGUAUUCAGUCUUACGUCUAGUUUAUUUGAAAACAUCGGGUACAAACUACAAGUGUAGCUCUGUUAUAUAUAUAUAUAUAUGUAUAAAUGUAAGAUAUAGUAAAAUAUCUACAUAAUUUAGAUAAAUACAACUAUUACUCGAAGUCGUUACGUACCGAAGGACAAACAAUUCUUUAAAAGAAUAUAAUAUAUAACAUGGAAGAUAAUAAAAAUAUAUUAUGUGGACCUUCAUCUUCUACAGAGGGCUUAAUACACAACAACAUAGGAGAACUGCUUUUAAAUCAAUUGCAUGCACAUGGAACUCGAAUUGCUCAAAUCAAUGCACACACUGGAGAAAAACAAACAUAUCAAGAAAUUCUAAAUGCUAGUAAAAGAUUAGCAACAUAUUUUAGCAAAAUAGGCUUGAAAAUAGAAGACCGCAUAGCUAUAUGCAGUGAAAAUAAUACAGAAUUCUGCAUUCCUCUUUGUGCUGCAUUAUUUUUGGGAAUUACAGUAUGUCCCCUAAAUCCAAUGUAUUUGAAAAGAGAGUUUUAUCAUGCAUUGACAAUAUCAAAGCCCAAAUACAUUUUUACUUCAUCGAAGGCAGUAAAUACUUUGCAGGAAGUUAUUAAGCAAUUACCUUGGUCGCCAAAACUAGUUGUCUUAACUGCUUAUAAUAAUUUACCUAAUAUGAAAGAUUUAAUAUUAAAUAUAGAUACCAAUGAGAUUAACAAUUUUCAAAUUUGUAAUAUUGAUGUGAAUAAUAAUGUAGCAGCAAUUUUAUGCUCUAGCGGAACUACAGGACUUCCAAAAGGAGUUAUGCUGACAAACAAAAAUCUAUUACUAGCAAUAAAGCAUUUCAGUAAUCCAGAAAUUGGACCGAUGCAUAAAGAUACAGUAGCAUUAUAUAUGCUACCAUAUUUUCAUGCUUAUUCAUUCUCUACUCUACUUGUUGGAUUAAUCGUAGGUGCCAAAGGCAUAAUACUUGCACGUUUUGACGAAAAACUUUUCUUACAUACAAUAGAAAAAUACAAAAUCGAGGCUUUAACUUUAGUGCCACCGCUUAUGGUUUUCUUGGCAAAACAUCCUUUUGUUGAUCGAUAUGACCUCUCGAGUAUAAAAACAAUAUGGUGUGGAGCAGCUUCUUUACCUGAAGAAAUUCAGAAAGCUGUAGCAAAAAGAUUAAAUGUUUCCAAUAUAAAACAAGGUUAUGGAUUAACAGAAACAACUUUAGCAGUAUUACAAUCACCAUCUAAUCAUAAAUAUGGUAGCGUGGGAGUAGUAGCUCCUGAUACUUUAGCAAAGGUAAUACCAAUUGAUGAGUCAAAUUCAAAUAAAGCAUUGGAAGCAAAUUGCAAAGGAGAAUUAUGUUUCAAAGGAGAUCUAAUAAUGAAAGGGUAUUGCGAUGAUAGCAAAUCAACGGGCACAAUUAUCGAUAAAGAUGGUUGGCUACAUACAGGGGAUGUAGGAUACUACGAUGAAGAUGGCUUUUUUUAUAUAAUUGAUCGCUUAAAAGAACUUAUAAAAUAUAAAGGGUUCCAAGUACCUCCAGCAGAAUUAGAGGCAGUUUUAUUAACUUGCCCUGGAAUCAAAGAUGCCGCUGUAGUUGGAUUACCAGAUGAAGAAGCUGGAGAAUUACCACUUGCCUUUGUUGUGAAGCAAGAUCAAAGUAAAAUAACAGAAGAUGAAAUCAUUAAAUAUGUUAAUGAACAAGUAUCAUGUCAUAAAAAACUUAGAGGUGGUGUCAAAUUUGUGAAAGAUAUUCCAAAAACUGCUUCCGGAAAAAUAUUACGUAGAGUAUUACGUAAUAUGGUAAAAUCUAAAUUAUAAAAGAAAAGAUUUUAUUGGAAUAAGAAAUUAUAAUGAUCUGUCAGUAAUACUUUUUCAAAUUUACAAUUUUUUAUUAAAACUGAUGAAAAAGUGCUAUUAUUCAAUAACUAUUUGGUAACAUAUUUAUUAUGCUUCACAGAUUUUUCUUUUGUAUCCCAUUGAAAUAAGAUUUAUACAUUUUUAUACAU